AAUUCAAUUCGAGUGUCAGUUUUGAUCAGUUCAGUUCGGUCUUCAACAGGGCAGAGUCUUGUAGCGGUUAUCAGUUAGAUUAAAGAUCUCUUGUCACCAUUUUAAUAGCAGUUUCGAAGAUGGUAGGACGUGCUGUGACCGCCAACCAAGGCGCUAAAUAUGAACAGCUGCCCUCAAAAUCUGAUGUCGAGGAAGAUGUAAUAAGCAGCAAACCAAAAGGAAAAUGGUCCGAUAUAUGUGUACACAAAACUCUGUUUUCUUUGGGACUUAUACUAUUUUACUUCUCAUUGUCUAUUGGUUUAACGUUUUACCAAAGAUGGCUUUUAAAGGAAGUACGGUAUCCACUCACAAUAGUGAUGUACCAUUUAAUAGUAAAAUGGGUGCUGUCAGCAUUUGUUAGGGAAGUUUUACAAUGCAUCACUUUGAGACCUCAGCUGAUGCUCUCAUUCAUGACCUGCUUACGCUCAGUUGCUCCCACUGGGUUUGCCAGCGGAAUUGAUGUUGGCUUCUCUAAUUGGGGGCUUGAACUGGUCACAAUCUCACUCUACACAAUGACAAAAUCAACAACAAUUAUCUUCAUUCUUGGAUUUGCUAUAUUCCUCAGUCUUGAAAAGAAGUCUUGGUCCCUGGUCGGAAUUGUUAUCAUGAUCGCUUCUGGACUGAUCAUGUUCACCUACAAGGCGACGCAGUUCAAUCUCCUUGGCUUCUACUUCCUCCUGUUAGCAUCGUUCGCUGCUGGUUUGAGAUGGUCCUUCGCGCAACUUCUGAUGCAGAAGUCCAAGCUGGGUCUUGACAAUCCUGUGGAUAUGGUGUUCCAUGUGCAACCCUGGAUGUUCAUGUCGCUGCUACCUUUCACUAUAGUGUUCGAAGGUACCACCUGCUUUGAUUACCUGGCGUCGUUGACCAAAGAACAAUUACUGCCUACCAUUCUGAAGGUGUCCGUUGGUGCGAUACUGGCCUUUGCUAUGGAGAUCAGCGAGUUUCUUGUCGUCACCUACACAUCAAGCCUGACUCUAUCGAUUGCGGGCAUUUUCAAGGAAAUGUGUAUUUUGAUACUGGCAGUGGAAGUGAGCGGCGAUCAACUAAGCGCUAUUAAUGUUGUCGGGCUGAUUGUGUGCCUGUUGGGCAUCAUCGGGCAUAUCAUCCACAAGGUUCUCGUGAUUAAGGCUGUCGCUGGUACUGUGAGGGCUUUGGAUGUGGAUGACUUCAACUCAAUGAACAAGAUGAGGUCACCCCUGCUGAAUGGAGAAUACGGCAAGCCACUGCUAGAAGAUCAUGUGCAUUAUAAUGGAGUAAGCGAUGACAGCGAUAUAGAUGCGAAUGCCAUCCUAACUGAAGUAUUAAAUAGAAGAGAUGCGAGGUAAACAGCAGGCGUUCAAACCGGAUUCUUCCUUCAAAUGACUAAUCAAGUAAAUUUAGGUUUCUACUGUCGGAACAAUUGUAAUAAAUGAUAUUGACAUCUGUUAUUAUAGUAAUAGAGAGAACAAUAUUCUUUAACACAAUAGUUUCGGCACUAAAUAAUCAUUGAUAGUUUUUAAUUCUUGUAUAUUCCAAAAAGCUUUGUCUUUCCCUUUCCAUAAUAUGCUUCCAUAAUCUUAAAGAUCUUUACUUUGUAGAUUAAAUGUAAUAAGUAAUGGCGAUGUUGAAGUUUAACAUUCUUAUGUUGUAUUUAAUACUGGUACACAUAAAUUUAUAACCAAAUUAAGAAUUAUUUCAUUGGCUAAAUAGGUUAUAACUACAUUUUGCAUUUUAUUAUUUAAUUAAGUUAAACUUAAUAGUUUUGAUAAUACAUGUUUGUUUUUUUUUUUUAACUUUUAAUUAAAGCAUUCCAUUAUAAAUUUAUAGAGUUAUCAUUACGAGUUGUUAUUUGAACUCGUCUUUCUAAGAAGCAUUUAUAAUUAGGUUGAGUUCUAUUAUAAGUUAGAGUUCGUCAUUUUUUAUACCAGUUAUGUUUUCUAGUAGUAAAUGUUUUCAACCAAAGCAUGCUUAUGUAGUUAAUGUAUAUUUAUAUACCUUAGUGUGUACACCACAUAACUAUAUAAACAAUUUAGAUUUUCACAUCUUCAUAACGUCAUAAUUGUACUAGUUUUGACACUUUAUUUAAGUACCAUGUUACAUUUCUGUUCAUAUAUCCUGAUCUCAUUUGAUUUCUCGUUUAAAUUUCAUUGUUAUAUAAAUACACAUAAACAUAUGGAUUCUCGAAGAACAUAUUUGUGUACUUUCAAAUUAUUGUCAUAGUUAACAUUUAAGACUAAUAAAAAAAAUAGUCUUGUUUUUUUUUGACAAUUUGUAAUCAAGACGAAUUGGAUAAAAAUAAUCGGAUUUAAGAUUUUUAUACGAAGUAUUUUUGCGUCGACUUUAUGGCGAUAGUUAAAUACUAUAGAACUGAAAUUUAUUAAAUUAGAUAAAUAACAAUAAUGCCUAUGCCCUUUAAUUUUUUCAUCAAUUUUUCAUAAUUAAUUACUGAUUACAGGAUUUUUUUCUGUUUUUAUUAUGUUCCUUACGAAAUUCUAUUAUAAUAUACUUAGGCAGCUAAUAAUGUAUCAAGUUUCACAAGUAACUUAAAUUCAUAAAACAAAACGUGCCAUACACUAAAACCUCAUUUGGACACCCGAGGUUGUAGCCAAAUAAAUCGUUAAAAAUAUUUGAUACUACAUCAAUUUUGUAUAGUAGUAAGUUAAUAAAGAGUUUACUAAUUCCCCCUUUUGAAUAUUGUUAUGAGCGCACAAAUUUCGCCUAAAUGUACAUUCGUUACAUAUAAUAAGAUUUUUAAUUAAAAGUACAUAUACACAAAUGUAUAUUGUCACCCCAUGGAUUUAUCUUGCUAUAAAAAUAAUCUUCAAUAUUAAUCGUUCAGGGUUGUCAUUUAAGGUUUUGACAUGAUAAAUUAUUGCUCAACUAAUUUUUAUUUACAUUACAUUUAUCAUUUAUACAAUUCCGGAAAUAUUUUUGUCGGGCUACAGUGAUUCAAGAGAUGUUUUGAGCCGACAACAUAUUUGAAAACCUUACGUUAUGUGAAUCUUAUUUUCUCUUGAAAAACAGUUUUUUUUUUGACAAGAUCCUGAUUUGUUUGUACUGUUUGUUAGUAACAAACUGUUAUGCUAUUUUUAACUGUUAUGCUAUUAGAAUAAAAAGCUAAAGGUUUUUAAUGAAAAACUUGAAAUAUAUUUUAUUUUUUGUUAGCAUAAGUUCGAGUAUAUUUUACUUUCUUGAGGAAUGUCUUACGAGGAUAAUUAUUACGAUAUUUUUUAUAAUUGCUGUAGACUCAUGAAACAUAAUAUCUGUUCAUUGUUUUCCAUGUUUUAAACAAUUUUGAAACUUGCAAAUAAAUAGAAAAAUGACUAAGUUUAGUAAAGUAUAAAUAAAAAAAAAUCCACAUUACUCUAAGAAACUAAUGAUUGUGUUUGUGAUUAUGUUUAAUUAAUUAUAUGCUCAUCAAAGCUGCUGAAAAAGUUAGAUUUUUAAUUUUGUUUCUACAUUUUUAAUUUUAAGGCAUAGAUUUAAUGUUGUUUUUUUAUAUUUUACUCCACUGUCGACGCACUUGAAACCAUGUAGUCUUUCUCUUUUAAAAUUAGAAACAUGUUUUUAUAUAAGUAUACAGUAUUGGAAUUCCACAGUUAAGUAAAUGUAACUUUGUAAUGCUUUAUGUGAACAAAAGGUUUCUAAAUAAUUUAAGAUGAUGACUACAGUAUAGAUAUUCACUAUAAUUAGACCCCUAUUCGUUGGAAAGUUCUCUUAGUUACUUCUAUUAGCUCUUAAAACUUAAUAAUGCACAAAAUUUACUUCCAGUUCAGCAAUUUUUGCAAAAAUGUUGUAAUAAAUAUGUUGACUCAUUAAUAAACAAAUCUAUGUGCUUCUUAAAUUAUGAUUCAGAAUCAUGUAAUUAUUCUUUCAUGAAUGUUUGCAUGAGUGUAGCAUAUUUUGUCUCUAGAAACAUGAACGUAUAAUUUGUCAAAUUGUUUUUUUUUAAUGAAUAAAUUGCUUAACAGUGCAACACAAUCAAAAUUACCUGUACUUCCUUCCUUCCAUUUAUGUAAUAGGUUAUAACUAUUCCGUACGAUAUAGUCAUAAGCGUAAUAUUGUUAAAUUGCAUUUUAUAAACAUAUAUUGUAACUUAAGAGGUCUGGUACUUAACUUGAAAUAUAAAUGUUUCAAAAUCUCUUUAGUCAUAAUGUUGUAAAAUACCGUUUAGUUUUUUGUAAACCUGUUUAUUAAUAUUUUUUUUAUUUCUCUAGAUUAUUCGAUGUAGUUUAAUUGUAAUCUCUUAUACCAUAAGUCCUGUUGCCAAAACAUAUUUUUUAUUCUAUGUUUUUCUACAUUUCUUGCGGUCGUUUUAUUGCUCUUUUAAUGUGGGAGGAAAACUUAUUUGCUGACAUAAGACAUAAAUUUGUGAAAAUGUAAUAAUAAAACAUCUGCAGAAUUAUUUGACAAACACGGGACUAGUGGGGCUUGUAGAUUUUUAUUUUAUAAUAGAUGCUACAGUGUUUAAAAUAAUUAAGUAGAUUUCUUAAAUAUAGCUCGUUCUGCAAA